GUGUGUUAAAGGUGCAUUACUCUAAAGUCAACCUUGGAACGUGACGAGUUGUGUUGAACAAAAUGCAAACCUGAGUUGGCUUAUAUUACAACAAAAAUGACGGACAAAUCAAAGAGAAUAGGGAGAUGGUAUUUUGGAGGAGUAGCCAGUGCAAUGGCUGCAUGCUGUACUCAUCCUUUAGAUUUACUCAAGGUACAUCUCCAAACUCAGCAACUAGAGAAAGUCAAAGCAACAACAAUGGUUGUACGAAUUUUAAAAUCAGAUGGAAUUCUAGGUUUAUAUAAUGGAUUGUCUGCUUCCAUUUGUAGACAGUUAACUUAUUCCAUGACAAGAUUUGCUAUGUAUGAGACAGUUAAGAAAAGGUUGACACAGGAUGGUGGUACGAUGCCUUUCUAUCAGAAAGUACUGACAGCAGCUGUCUCAGGUGCCACAGGUGGCUUCGUGGGAACACCAGCUGAUCUCGUCAAUGUCAGAAUGCAAAAUGAUGUAAAGCUGCCAGCAGACAAAAGGCGAAACUACAAACAUGCCUUUGAUGGAUUGUGGAAAGUUUACAGGAAUGAGGGAGUCCCCCGCAUGUUUGGGGGUGCCACCAUGGCCAGUUCAAGAGCAGUUCUUGUCACUGUGGGACAGUUGGCCUGUUAUGACCAGAUUAAGCAAAUGAUGUUACUGACUGGAAUAUUUGAGGACAACAUUACUCUGCAUCUCACAUGUAGUACAAUGGCUGGAUGUAUAGCUACACUUCUGACUCAACCUUUGGAUGUGAUGAAAACUAGGAUGAUGAAUGCAAAGCCAGGAACAUACUCUGGAAUUGCUGCAUGUGCCAUGGACAUUGGCAAAAAUGGUCCUUUGGGAUUCUUUAAGGGAUUUGUACCUGCCUUUGUCAGACUGGGGCCUCACACAGUAUUCACGUUCAUUUUCUUCGAACAGCUGCGACAGAAUUUUGGUGACUUGCCAGCAGUAGAAGAAAAGUAGAUUUAGAAAUAUUAAUAUUAUAGCUAGGAGAAAAACUAUAUAUUUAUUUUAUACAAAUGGAUUGAUUUGCAAUAAUUCGUUUCUGAUUUGUGUGAGUGGUCUGAUGUUUUUUGGGACAUCUGAGAUGUGGAAUGUUUUAUUUAUGUUUAAAAUUGUUGGGAAAUUUUUUUCAGAGAUAAUAUUUUUAGUACCUCUAUUUUUUUUUUUUUAUUUAUUUACACCAAAUGUUUGUCAUGAGCCUUUACUUUAUAAUAUGCUUUUAAUAGCUUGGUUUUAACAAAUGUGCUUUGAUGUAAAUAUAUACUUACAUUUGCUGUAGGUAAAAACCUUUAGUCAGCCAGUGCUCAAAUGGUUCACUUGAGAAAAUCAGAAAAAGGAAAAGAAUGAAAUCCUUUUUUGUAUCCAUGUAAAUGAUGUGACGUAUGUUGUAAGAAUGGUGAUAUAAUUUUUGAUGUGUGAUUAUUUGGAUGAUUUUGAUUUUUGAAGAGUUUGUGCCAUGAUGGUAAGAUCUCUAGAGAAAACCAUUUUUAGUCUGUAGUAGGACUUUAAGCAUUGCUUUGAACUUUACCAUGGUAAAAUUGCUUCCUACAUGAUUUAUUCAUAAAGUGUUCAAUUUUUUUUAAAAUUUUAAUUAAAUGUAUAAUAUUACAGCACACUUUUUGUGAACAAAUUAACACACAAAUGCAUGCAUAACUGCUUGAAUUAUACACAUUUGAUUAUUACAAGUUGACAGAGACAUACUGUAGGUUUUUGGUCUUUUAUAUUUCCUCAAGUUCUACUUAUUCCCUAGUUUUUCCUUGUUCCCUAGUUUUUGAAUGAUUACAUGAUAUUUAUCUUACAUUUUAAAAUAUACAAUAUAUGAAUCAUAUAUAAUAUGAUUUUGAAAGUACAUUCCAUCGGUUGAGCUCAAGGCCGUCGAAAGGGGAGGUGCGUUGGGUGCAACCCCCAAUCCCCCCAUCUUUUUUUGAAAGGAAAUUUAAAAAAAUCUUUAUCGUAAAUUUAUUUUUCAUCCGCUUAAAGAAAUGUAGCUAGAUUUUGUUUAUUUAGUAUUUGAAAAUGACUACUAGAUAUAUCAUAAUCCACAAAAAUUGUACCUUUUUGUAAAAAGAUCUGCUUGGAGUAAGGGGGUAACCCUCCAAAACCCUCGUACCCCCCCCCCCCCCCCCAAACCUUGCAACGGCCUUGGAGCUAAUGAACAUUGUAAAAUUACUAUUAUAAAUAAUGGACUUAUAUUUGAAAUGUUCAAAAACAUAAUCAUAAAUAUCAGGUUGAAUGAGUGUACAGUAUAUUAACAUAUAUAUUUUAAAUACGUGUAAAAACAUCUUAAAAGGUAUUAAUUUGGUGUAGAUGACAACAUAUCUUAUUGUAGAUUCUGUCUGAAUGUGGAGUUAAUGGUUAUAGGCUUGUACAAUCAUUUUUUUCUUCUAAAAUUUAUUAGAAAAUUUUUAAUAGUAGUUUGUAUGAUAUUAGAAGGAACAAUUACCUUGCCAUUUGUUAGUUCACCUGAGAUGAAAGUUCAAGUGAGCUUUUCUGAUCACCUGUUGUCCUGUGUCGGUCCAUCCAUCUAUAAACUUUUCACAUUUUCUGACUUCUCAAGGACCACUGAGCCAGUUUUAACCAUAUGUGGCAAAAAGGAUCCAUGGGUAAAAGGGAUUCAAAAAUGUUCAAAUGAAGGGCCAAGCCCCUUUCCAAGGGGAGAUAAUCAAGAAAAGGCAAAUAGGGUGGGGUUAUAAAAAAAAAUUCUAAAGAAAUACUCAAGAUAAAGCUUCCUGGCAUAGUGUAGAUUCUAAAUUGUUCAAAUCAUGACCUUGGGGAGUAAGAGAGGGCCACAAUAGUGGAUGAGUGUUCUACAUUGAAAUUUAUAGGAAAAAUCUUUUCAAGAACCACUGGACUUCCUGAGGUAGUUUAGAUUCUAUACUGUUCAACUCGAGGCCCCUAGGGGUAUGGUGAGGUCACAAUAGAGGAUCAAAGUAUUGCACGGAACUAAAGAUUUUUUUUUUAUCUUGAGAUACAAAAUAGAACUAUCAAUUUGCAAACAUUCCCAAGUUGUGAGGAUUCAUUUUUUCUUUUAUAGAACAGCAGGGUUUAAGAAACUCAGGUGAGCAUUGUGGCCUAUGGGUCUGUUUUAUCUUCAUGUAUUUUAACAAUUUUUUUUUAAAACCUCAUCACAAAAUGUAAAUUUCUAUAUAUCUUACAUUGUAUGCUUUAUUAAUGAAAAACUGUUCGAAAGCAAAUGAAUAAAGAAUAAUGAAGGGAA